UUCAAUUGACGUACGUACAGCAACGUGCGCGUUCCCGCGUAUCAGAGACAAAGAUGGCGGCCGCCGCCGGAUCAGGCGUCAAAGUUCCCCGUAACUUUCGGUUGCUGGAGGAGCUGGAAGAGGGCCAGAAAGGUGUAGGAGAUGGGACUGUGAGCUGGGGACUGGAGGAUGAUGAUGACAUGACACUGACCCGCUGGACUGGCAUGAUUAUUGGGCCGCCCAGGACAAUCUAUGAGAACAGGAUGUACAGUCUUAAGGUAGAAUGUGGACCCAGGUAUCCUGAGACUGCCCCUUUCGUCCGCUUCGUGACCAAGAUCAAUUUAAAUGGCGUGCACAACUCCAAUGGUGUCGUGGACACGCGGGCGGUGGCAGCUCUGGCCAAGUGGCAGAACUCGUACAGUAUCCGUGUGGUGCUGCAGGAGCUCAGACGGCUCAUGAUGUGCAAAGAGAACAUGAAGCUGCCCCAGCCGCCCGAAGGCCAGGUCUACAGCAACUGAGCCUCCCCCCAGCAGCCUGCCUGUUCAACUCUGUUCUUCACUGUCCCUCCCUCCCGCCAUCCACAUGCACACACACAUGCACACAUGCGCGCACACACACAGAAAUGCAAAGUACACUCAACGCUUCCUUUCAACUAGACCGACACACCACACAAUUUAUGUACAUGGAUUGAAAGCUUCCUCUGAAAUACACGUAUGUAUAUCUAUAUGUAUAUAUAUAUACAGAUACACAUAAACACCGCAGCAGGUUGCCUCUAUUAUUUCCAAGACUCUUGGGAGAAAAAAAACAAAACCCCAUUCUCACGUAACCCCCUCUUUGCCAGGCCCCCCUCCCACAUAGUCUUUCUUAAACCAUGCUCACUUUCUCUCUCUGGAGCGUUUCAUUGAACAGAGAGAUGGAUGCUCGGGUGAACACCACCUCUCACCCCCCACCGCCUCAACACUCACCGUGCAGAUCAGACAUUAUGAUACAACUACAAACAAAUACUGUACAUCUUACUAAUCUUGUUUUUUUUAUUAUCUUUGUGUUCUACAUCCAGAUUGUAAAAUAACAUAAAUGAUCUUAUUGAGUGUACCUAUCUUAUGUGUGUGCUGGAUUCUUCAACAAAGGGUGGCGGUGGCUGCAUUUGACUCUAUAAUGUGUCGUAAUGGGUGGGAUUCAAGACAACCUGCUGCUUUGGAAAAUUCUUGUUUGGCCCCUAUUGGCCCCCCUAUAGACAGACUUAAGAAAUGUGCUCUUCGUCUUGUCACUGAAACUUAAGUGUGUAACCAAAAUCAACCUAGUUAUUGUGGGCCAGAAGUGUCUUGUUACCAAAAUGUUAACAAAUUGAGAAAAACUGUCCCUAAAACGCAGCUUUUUGGGAAACAAAAAAGAGGGGGAGUUGAGUGGGUCCAUUUUACAAAGCUGCAGAGGUCUCAGACAAGUCAUACGUUUUCCUCCCGUUUAUGUGAAUAACCGGGGUCUUUACUCAAGCACAUGUACGGUACAUCAGGUUAAUUAACCAACAUAUAUUCAACAGCAACACGUGUAUCAGCAGGGCAGUCCCUCUAUGUGCUCCACACGCCUGUUUUCUCUAACUUGUCCUCUGUGCCAUAUAGUUCAUAGCAAUUUAUAAUGAUUUAAUGAAGAUUAAGUAUAGGUGAUAGGUGAGGAAAAAGUAAUACAAUUUUCUCUUAAAAAAUAAGUACAUGGGAUUUCAGAUGCUGAGCUUCAGUGCUUGGCCUCUUAUUGGAUUCACCACAGUCAUGUUCCCUGAGAGUUUGGUGUGAGAAGUAUAUGGGAGGGUUCUCUAUUUGAGAUUGACUUGUGAACUCUGUUUCAGCCUCCUCAGUGAAAGCCCAUGUAAUGAAAUGUAUGGCUAUAGAUGUUUUAUUUUAUAACGGGUGUGAAUCUAGUCUGGGUGACCUGUGCAUGGUUUUAUUUGAAUUAAACAUUACUUUUGCA